UUGUUUGUUUGAAAUACUAGGUAGGGGAUAGCAGACAAGAUUUAAAGACAAGAGGCAGUAGCUAUCCUGGUUUGCAUUGACCUUCUAGAAAUGUUCACUUUGAUUAAUCCAUUUUGUUUUGUGGAGGCAAUGGAAACGCAAAUCACUAAUGAUAACUCAGCUCGACCACAUACUACUCAAGACUGUCUGAACAAGCUUGUUGCUAAGUUUCCUAACUUGGAAGACAUCCAUGGGUGCAUGGUUCUUGCUCUGAAUGAGGAAUAUACUACUGAGUCUACCAUUGUUAAAGACAAAGAUGAGUGGGCCAUUAUGCCUCCCAUGAGUGGUGGCUGAACAUUUCUUCAUACUUGUUUUUAUGAAAAAUCAAAGAAGAAAAUACUUCUUGUUCAUUGAUUUGGUCUAGGAUAGAUUUUUCAGUGAAACCAAAUUUUAUUUGUAUUGAAGAAUAAAGUUAUACUAAAAUGGUAAAGCUUAUGGAAUAAUUAUUUCAAGUGUAGAAAAAAGAAGUGGCUGCUAUUGUGAGCAUUUGAGGAAUUCCCAUCUCCGUCUUCGUCAAUCACAUUGUUCCCGAUCCUUACACGCUGAGAAUUUGCAAAAACGAUUGUAUCUCUUUUUUUUCUUUGUUCGUACUUUCUUCUUCUUUAAAUGGCAAUUGUUGCUGCAAUUGCGUGGCUUAUUGUGUAUGCAGGAUGAGACACUUUAAAAGAUUAUGUUGCAAUAGAUAUUUGAUGUUUCAUGUCUUGUUGGGGGACAGAUUUUCAAGAUGAUUGCUUUUCAAGCGUGGUCAUGGAAUCUUGACAUCUGUGUUGCGUCUGGUAUGCUUGACGUUAAUGGUGACAAAAGGAGUAAGUUUUUUUGAUGAAAACUUACUAAUGGUGUUUUCAUUUCUUUCAUUGGUAGAUAAAAAUCGAAGGAAGAUCUGGGUAUUGAUAUAUGUCUUGGCUACUGCUGCUGUUCUUGUUCCUGCCCCCCUCAUUGAGUUUUGAUACUACACCAUACCCUUCUACUUUUUGAUGCCGUAUUCCCAUGUUGAUAGCUAUCUGAGUUUACUACCCUUAGGAAUUCUAUAUACAGUCCUUAAUGUCUUCACGAUGAGCCUAGUCUUGUACCGGAAUUUUCAUUGGGACCGUGAGCCUGGAGUCCAAAGGUUUAUAUAUACGGUAGAUAGGAAAUCCAUAAUGUUAGCUCACAGUUUUGUAUUUAGGAUGAUGGAACAGAGAUGCUCGAUUCUUCACCGAAUAAAUCAGUGGGAUGCAG